GUCUGUCGCGCGAUCUUCGAAUUACAACGAUACGCCGGAUCAUCCUAUUUGAUGAUCGUGGUCCUGCUGCAAAUCUACCCAAACGUAUAUGCAUAAUUAAUGUCGUUGCGAUCGACGUUAUUUGGCGGGAAAAAUGCUCUUGAGCCGGUACUGGUUCUACCCCGAGUGGAGCCGACCCGAGCCGAAUCGAACCGUACCGUACUACUUGAAGCGAGAGAUUCCCGGGCAGAAAGAACUCGUGGUCGGGAAUCGUUGCUGCAUCCAGCAUCCCACCGAUCGAAAAUCGAUCGGUUGCUCGACUCAACGACAACCGACGAAAUCGAACGCGAAUCAUGGGGUUCUUGGUCCUCGUACCCUUGCUGAUUCUCUGCUUGAUCCAACCGCCGGUCGUUCGUUGCGGGAGGAUAUAGAGGCUGUGAGGAACAGCGUGUGGCCUGAAUCGCGGGAGUUGAAGUGUUACAUGUACUGUCUGUGGGAGCAAUUCGGUCUAGUCGACGACAAGAGGGAGCUCAACUUGGACGGCAUGCUCUCGUUUGUCCGAAGAAUACGAGCCUACAGGUCGGGAGAACUGCACUUCAUCCCCGUGUGCCACGGAUACAGCACAAACAUGGCGAAAGACGACAACUGCGAGUACGCGUACACGUUCAACAAAUGUUACGCGGAAUUGUCGCCGCAAACGUAUUACUUGUUCUAACGGACAGAGCGCGAGGGAGAAAGGAAACGAGACCAAAGAAAAACGACGCGUCGCCAAACGACCUGGAACCUGCAUCGUGUGAUUUUUCACUUUACCAUGUAAUGGAACCGUACCGGUUUCGAUGUA